AUGGCAGCCCUGACUCUGACGGCGAGCCUCCUCUUCCUCGCUGGCAGCUCGGAGGCGGCCUGCCCCAGCAAGGCGCAAACGCCGAGCACGCCGACCGCGACGCCGGUGCCGGUGCCGGCGACGAGAGGGAGCGGCGGAAGCGGAAGUAAGUGCUCCGUGGACACGCUGAAGCUCGGGGUGUGUGCGGACGUGCUGGGCCUGGGCGGCGAGCUAACGAACCUGCUGGCGGGCUCGCGGUCGACUGCGUCCAAGACGAAGAAGCCGUGCUGCGAGCUCAUCGCCGGCCUGGUUGACCUGGACGCCGCCGUGUGCCUCUGCACCGCCAUCAAGGCCAAUGUUCUCGGCGUCGUCGACCUCAGCCUGCCUCUCCAGCUAGGCCUCCUCGUCAACCACUGCGACAAGAAGCUCCCAGCUGGCUUCCAGUGCCCUAACUGA